UCGAGGUUUCAACUAAGGACACUUAACCAAUAUUUUCUCUGCUCCAUCUGCAAUGGCUACAUUCACAAUGCCACUACCAUCACUGAAUGCCUUCAUACAUUUUGCAAGAAAUGCAUAUUGGAUUAUACCAAGUUUUAUCUCAAUUGUCCCAUAUGCCAAGAGCUCAUCCACCCGACUAAUCCGAUGGAAGAAAUAAUGCACGACUCACCCAUCCAGGAUCUCCUCUACAAGCUAAUGCCGUCGGUGUAUGAAGAGGAAUUAAGAAGGGAGCGUUUGUUU